UUUGGCUUCAUUGUCAGCCGGGCGACGCCUCCGGGAGCAGUAGCUCACUCGCCGGUCGGCUCCCUGUCCGAGGCGCCCUGGGGUGUGGAGAGACCGGGACGCCCCACCCGCCCCGCGCCCGACGCCUCUGUCUCGCUCUUUCCCAGGUCCGCACGCCCCUCGACUACCAUGUCUGCAGCCUGGAUCCCCGUUCUCUGCCUCGGUGUCUCGCUGCUGCUGCUGCCCGAGCCCGCGGGCAGCGAGGGAGCCGUUCCCAUUGCUGUCACGUGCUUCACCAGAGGCUUGGACAUCAGGAAAGAGAAAGCAGAUGUCCUCUGCCCAGGGGGCUGCCCUCCUGAGGAAUUCUCUGUGUUCGGGAACGUAGUUUACGCUUCGGUAUCCAGCAUAUGUGGGGCCGCUGUGCACAGAGGAAUAAUCAGCACCUCGGGGGGACCUGUGCGAGUCUAUAGCCUUCCUGGUCGAGAAAACUAUUCCUCAGUGAAUGCCAAUGGCAUCCAGUCUCAGACACUUUCCAGAUGGUCUGCGUCUUUCACAGUGACUAAAGGAAAAACUAGUACCCAAGAAGCCAUGGGGCAGGCAGUGUCCACAGCACGUCCACCAACAGGCAAACGACUAAAGAAAACAUCUGAGAAGAAAGCUGGCAAUAAAGACUGUAAAGCAGACAUUGCGUUUCUAAUUGAUGGAAGCUUUAAUAUUGGGCAGCGCCGCUUUAAUUUACAGAAGAAUUUCGUUGGGAAGGUGGCACUAAUGUUGGGAAUUGGAACAGAAGGACCACACGUUGGCCUUGUUCAAGCCAGUGAACAUCCCAAAACAGAAUUUUAUUUGAAAAACUUUACAUCAGCCAAAGAUGUGCUGUUUGCCAUAAAGGAAGUAGGUUUCAGAGGGGGUAAUUCCAAUACAGGAAAAGCUCUGAAGCAUACUGCUCAGAAAUUCUUCACGGCAGACACUGGAAUGAGGAAGGGGAUCCCCAAAGUGGUAGUGGUGUUUAUUGAUGGCUGGCCUUCUGAUGAUAUUGAGGAAGCAGGAAUUGUGGCCAGAGAAUUUGGAGUCAAUGUAUUCAUAGUUUCUGUGGCCAAAGCUAUCCCUGAAGAACUGGGGAUGGUUCAGGAUGUUGCAUUUGUUGACAAGGCCGUUUGUCGGAAUAAUGGCUUCUUCUCUUACCACAUGCCCAACUGGUUUGGCACAACAAAAUAUGUAAAGCCUCUGGUACAGAAGCUCUGCUCUCAUGAGCAAAUGAUGUGCAGCAAGACCUGUUAUAACUCAGUGAAUAUUGCAUUUCUAAUUGACGGCUCCAGCAGUGUUGGGGAUAGUAAUUUCCGCCUCAUGCUUGACUUUGUUUCCAACAUAGCCAAGACUUUCGAAAUCUCAGACAUUGGUGCCAAGAUAGCUGCUGUGCAGUUCACUUAUGAUCAGCGCACAGAGUUCAGCUUUACUGACUAUAGCACCAAAGAGAAUGUCCUAGCGGUUAUCAGGAGCAUCCGCUAUAUGAGUGGAGGAACAGCUACUGGUGAUGCUAUUUCCUUUACUGUUAGAAAUGUGUUUGGUCCCAUGAGGAAUAGUCCCAACAAGAACUUCCUGGUGAUCAUCACUGAUGGGCAGUCCUACGAUGAUGUCCGAGGCCCUGCUGCCGCAGCACAUGACGCAGGUAUCACCAUUUUCUCUGUUGGUGUGGCUUGGGCACCUCUGGAUGACCUGAAAGAUAUGGCCUCUAAACCAAAGGAGUCACAUGCAUUCUUCACAAGAGAGUUCACAGGAUUAGAACCAAUUGUCUCUGAUAUCAUUAGAGGCAUUUGUAGAGAUUUCUUAGAAUCCCAACAAUAAUGGCGGUAUUUUGAUAACAACAAAAAAGUGCAAGGAGAUCUAAUGUAUGAAUUGUAUUCUUAUGAUACUGAAAUACUACAGCAUACUAGGAACAGAUACAGUACACAUGUUAAAAGCUAUUUAAGUAUAUAAGCAUUCAUUUAAAGUUAUUACCUUCUAAUUACAACUUAGACUUUUAAGACUUUUGACUAAGGCUUCAUAGUCAUGGCCCUUAGAAACUCAGGAAAGAGGAAGAGGAGAUAUCAUGGAUUUAAAAAGUUGAUAUACCUAUAAAAUGUAGAUAUGCAAGUACCAUAGUUCAAUAAAAGAAUCUGAUACUUAGACGGAAAGCAACAUUCUUUCUCUAUCAUCCUAUUGACUAUAUAAAGAAAAAGAGCAAGGUUUAAGUAUCAAUAUUGUGACCCAAAUGAAUGUUUUCUUAAAACCAAUCAACAAUAAUCAUCAAUGUUACUUUAUACACUAAAAAACUAUAAUUGUGGGCUAUAAAGGAAAUGAGUACCAACUUGUGUAUUUUCAUAAUCUACAAAUGAAAAUAUAUAAAAGAUAGGAUUGCCAGGUAUUUUUCUAUUUAUAUCCUUAAUUUUGUAUGUGUAUAGAUCAGCUUGUACUCUAAAAAUAGUUAUCCAGGGACUGAGGAGAUAGUAAGGAUUUUGAAGAUUCAAAAAGGAGCAGUAUAGAAAAAAAUAUUGUAGUUUGAAGAACAAUAAAAUUGUUAGUGAUGUACUGUGCGCUUUACUUUUAUUAUUCCAUGACUCUCUGUAGGAUAUGAUAAAACUUCUGUACUCGUGAUAUAGACCAGUCUGAAUUGCUUUUUUAAAAUCAUACACUACUACUAAAUACCUUUUCCUUUAUUUACCGAAUGCGUUUUGAGGCAUUACAUGUAGGCACUACCAGACUAAGCACUGUAAUAUGCUCUUGAGUAACUGCUUCAGGAGAAAUGUUUUGUAGCUAGUGUUAUUUUUCCUUAAGCAUGUUCGUGAUGUUUAUGUCUAAGUAGAACACCAAAACUCCCUUAAUACAGAUUACCUUAGAGGGCCUCUUCCCCCACCACAGAGGGGCUCUCACCACAUCUUGUCUUUGUCCCUCUCCUUAUCCCUCACUUCAAGCAGAUACUGCUUGUAACUGAAACUUUACAACCAAAUAAUGACCUGAAGAAAGUACAAUGGACCUUCAAGUUACAACUGGACAUACGAACAACUUCAGUUACAACUGGAAUUUUAGUUGUAACUUAUACAGUCUUUAGUUAUGACCCAAACGCUGGCUCCUUGUGCUUCCAGAUGGUCUAAUAGAUUUAACCCGUGAAGAGUUCUGGAAGAAACAUUACAACAUCCUUUCCAGUGUAGGGUUAAGAAAUCUUCGGCCAGUGUCUAAGGACACUGAGAUCUGCAUGUAUACACAAGAUAGUCAAGGCUGUGUAGAGCAUGAGCCUUCAAUUGACCAACUUGAGUUACAAGCCCCUGUGAACAAAUUGAGUUUGUAAGUCAACAGUCCUCUGUAUUAACUAGUUGGAAUAAAACUCCAGUAAAUCUUUUCAGUCUAACAAUUAUACAGCCCAUGCAAAGGGAAUAAAAGCCCAUGUACGGGAAGAGUCAACUUUGACAGUACAUUAAAAAAUUUGAUCAAAUGGCAAAGACACUAACUUCCCUUCUCCCCAUUAAUAAAAAGCUACAAAUAUGAUUGAGAAUGUUAAGAGAAAAACGGGUGUUUUCCCUCCAAGUGCAUAACCUCAUUCUCAACCAGGAGUACCAAAUUAUAUCUCUAUCUCUAUAUUGAUCUUUAUUAGUAUCUAAUCCGACUAGGAUCUUGCUAUAUAGUCCAGGCUGGUCUCCAAAUGCAG